GUAGCGCUCGGUCGUCGUGGUUGUUUGUAUCUACCAGAUACUUGUACAUUCGGUGUUCAUUUUUUUUAGAGGUCUCAAAUUGAAUAUAUUUUCAAAGUUUUUGCACAUAAAGGAGCACAUAUUUUGUGAAUUUUCGCAGAAGUAUUGAACAAAAAGAAAAGUACAACUUCCUGCAACGUCGAAGAGUCGUUCGAAAAGAAAGCAUACAAAACCAAUUGAAUAGCACAACAAAAGUAAUUAAAAGUUAUUUUGUCAAAAGUUUGCAUACAGUUUAUUUGGUGAUUAUUUCGUAAUCCGCACAAAGUCGUUUCCACCAGCAAAACCAGUGUGUGAGCGUCAGCAUAAAAAUCUCGUCAAAAGCUAUGUACAACAAUUGAAAAGCAAAACAAAAGCAACGGAGAAUCAACUGCGGUCAGCUGAGACUCAUACUCCAUAUAUUCGUGCAACCAAUUCCAACGCAUCUAAACGAAACUCAAAAAGUAACGUGCAUAAAAGCACAACAAGAAGUUUCAUAAAAUUUGAUAGAAAUAUUAAAAAUUUCGAAAUUUGUGUUUUGCUGAAUUUCCAAAUUUUCUCUUUACGAACAAAUCGUGCGUAUGUUAAUUCGGUUACCAAUUGUUUAAAAUCGGUAGUUCGUUCCAACAAAAACUGUUAAUAUUUUGUCUGAUUUACACAAAAUUGGCUGAGAAGGCCCAAGUGAAAGUGUCAAGUGAAUCGAAUUGGAUUUUGUAGUCUGACACACAACGUCAACGAAAGCGCUGCAAAGCAACAGAAAAAUUAUCAAAUCAAAAACAAAUGGUGGCGUGAUUUUACAAAGUUUUACCAAAAACGAAUUUUAAGCAAAAAGCCAAAAAGCGCAGCAAAGCCUUUCGCAUUGUGAAAAGUUAAUAAAACGUACGGAAAUAUCAAAUAAAACGAUUGCAACCGCAAAACGCCCGAUUUUUGCCCCUUCAAAAACGAGUGCAGCUUUAUUACAAUUCAAAAUAAAACUACAAUAAAUACAACAAAAUGAGCGCCUACAGAGAGAUGUCCAAACUGGAGAAUAGUCGAAAUUGCCUACGUCGCAUUGCGCGUCACGAUGAGCCCCAAUUCUCCAAGGAUAGUAUUGUCAAUGUUAUGGAGAAAUUUGUGAAAACCGUUAAAGUGAUGGAUGACACUAUAUUGGUGCCAUGCUUGCUAAUGGAUCGACAGGUCGGUGAUAGCACGGAUAUUAUACCAGCACCUGGCAAGAAUUCCACCGCCAAUCAGCACACUAUGCAACAUUCGGCCGCACAUGGCAAACGCAGCGCAGCACACUCCAAGAACGUGCAUGAGUUCCUUAACUCGUCGGAGCUCUUCAAUCUCUAUAACAUGUUGAAGGCGCUCAAGACUGAUCUGCUUUGGACAGGAAAGGACGAUUCCGAAGAUGACGAAUGUGUGGGGAGUGAAAAGCAAGGCACAGCCGAAGUGGAAAAUCUCUUGUAUUCACGUUACGAUUCCAAAACAUCGGAUGCGGUUAGUGUGACCAGCAGUACAGAGGCCGUUGCCGCAAUCAGCAGAAACGCUACUGCAACAAAUUUGAACGCCACUGUAGCCGCAACAGCACCGACCGCAGCUGCCACCAGUACAGCCAACGGCAAAGGACACAAUCGUUGCCCCUCCACUGCCUCGGUGGCUUCGAUUGUUUCGACCACAUCGGCAUGCAACCUAAGCGAUUCGGAGAGUGAAAUUUCAAAUGAAAAUGAUUCGGGCAUGGAGUCGGAAAGCCAUAAGAGUGACAAUCAGCCAAGCAGCACCGAGUCCGUAAGCGGUAGUGAUGAUACCGAGUCACGAGCCGCUGCAGCCGCCACAUCCACCGCCAACGCCGACAAAGCUACCGAAUUGGCGAAACGUUGUCGGCGACAUUUGAACGGUCUCUACCAUUGCCUUGAACAAAUGACAGAGGCGGCACAUUACCUGACCGUUAGGUACCAAAGUGAUAUUGGCCCCGUUUAGAGAUGAACUGCCAUGGAGCUGUGAACAGAAAAUGCACAGACUGCAGCGAGCAAGCGAUCCCCUAGGGGUUGUGCGCAAACUGAACGAGUGUAUUAGGUGGGGUACUAUGAUAGGGAGGGUAGUCAGUCUCUUUCUUGGGGGGCCGGGGUCUUAUAUGUGGGUUUUUAUGUAAUAAUUUAAUAAUUUCUGUGUCUCUUUGCGGUUUUAGGGUUAGGCGAUUGGGAAGACAGUACCCUUAUUGCGCUUAUGCCCAGACUAACGGUUACUAAAUUCGAAUUAAAAAGAUUGUUGAUUUUUAAAUCAUAUGGUGGUAUUGGUAAUGUGAUAUCUAUUCGAUACUUUUAUAAAAAAAACGCAACCAAAGUUGUAAAGCUUCAAAGAAAUCCAAGCGUAUUUAAAAAGUCAAUUUGCACGGCUUUUGUUCCAAGAAUGUUUGAUCGUGCAAACCAUAGGGUUUAAAAAAACAACAAUCUCUAUCGGUAACGUUUGUAAUGUGAUUUUCAAGAAGGCGUUGGUGUUGUGUGCCUGUUUGGGCAUAAUGCGCGGGCGUUCACUGUCAACUGUUUGUAUGCAAAAUAAUACCACACUUUGUGUGUGUAGGGUAUAAGCGAAGUAGAUAGUUUAAAAAUAUUUAGCUUAAAGAACAAAAUCAUUGCAAAUGACUAAACGAUAUACCACUGAAAACUAAAUAAACAAAUAGAUCAAGUAAAAACAAAAAGCUAAAGUUGUAAGAGGAUUAUGUAGCAACCGGAAACAACUAAGAGAAAAAACAAAUGAGGGAAAAGCGAAAGUUAAAAGAAGUAGAGUCAAGACAGCACAAACGAUUGUUGGGCAAGAAAAAAGCUCCCUUUUAAUUUAAUAUUGUAUUGUACAAAAACAAAUAACUUCUAUUUUUCCAUAAUAAUGUGAUAUAGAAUUGUAUGCGGUAUCAUGUGCGUUGCCAAGCGCCUGCUCCUCCUUUUUGGCAUCAAUUAAGCAAAGAGCUUGACAAAGAAGCCAGAAAAAUACAGAAAUGAUACAAUAAGCAAACCGCAUACGAAAUUCAAUUUGUAUCUCUAAGGUACAGCACUACUGAGUGUACGUUGUCUGUGUAUAUACAUGCUCGUGCACUUGGACAAAUUUAUGUAGUAACAGAAUACAAGCGUAUGUUGAAAUAAUGAGAAGUAUAAUAAAGAAGCCAAAGUUAUUAAGCGAAA